GCUCGCUGGUCUUCCCUGAAGCUCCCCAUGCAGGCAGAGCUGAGAAGAAGCUGAGGAGCAGGCUGGGUGUCUCUUCUUCCCCUGCAUCUGACAGCAGAAGGAAGAAUCUCUCAAGAUGUCUUCCAAUGAUGACCCUGUUGCAAUCCCAAUGAUGGAAAGAAAGCCCAGUGACCUUCCUGGAAUUGACACCAGUGACUUGAACACAUUGACUGGAGAGGCUGUGUUAAGUUUUCAUAACAUCAGCUAUCAAGAAACAGUGCAGAGUGGUUUUCCACUUCGUAAAAGAACAUGUGUGAUCGAAAGACUAUCAAAUAUCAGUGGGAUCAUGAAGCCUGGCCUCAAUGCCAUCAUGGGGCCUCAGGACGGGAGCAGAUCUUUGUUACUAGAUGUCUUAGCUGCAAGGAAAGAUCCAUGUGGAUUAUCGGGAGAUAUUUUGGUAAAUGGAAAACCUCGACCUGCUAAUUUCAAAUGUACUUCUGGUUAUGUCCCACAAAAUGACACAGUGAUGUGCACGGUGACUGUGAGAGAGAAUGUAGAGUUCUCAGCAGCUCUUCGACUUCCAAUGUCUGUAACAAGAGAUGAAAAAACGAAACGAACUAAUGAGGUCCUUGAACUUCUGCAUCUGAAUGAGGAGUCAAAUGUCAAGCCUAGAUCUAAGGAGCUCAUGAAGAGGACCAGUAUAGCAAUGGAGCUGGUCACCGAGCAUCCCAUUUUGUUCCUGGAUGACCCCACCACUGACUUGGACUUCAGCACUACUACUGAUCUCUUCUGGGUCCUGAAAAGGAUGUCUAUGAGGGGACGGACAAUCAUCUUCUCCAUUAAUCAGCCCUCGGACUCCAUCUUCAGAUGUUUUGAUAGCCUCACCUUAGUGGCUUCAGGAAAAGUCAUGUUUCACGGCCCUGCACAGGAGGCUUUGGAGUACUUCACAUCCGCAGGUUACAACUAUGACUCCCACAAUAAGCCUGCAGACUUCUUCCUGGACAUCAUUAAUGGAGGUUCCUCUGCUAAAUUAGACACAGAGGAAGAUGGCCACAAAGACAACAAUCAUAAAGAACAUUCUGAGAGACAGCACCAAGUCACAGAAAAAUUAGCCAAUAUGUAUACCCAGUCCUCCUUAUACAAAGAAAUGAGAACUGAACUGGAUCCACUCUUGGAGGAACAGAAGGCAGGGAGGAGCUCAGCCUUGGAGGAGAUUACAUGUGUCACCCCUUUCUGGCAUCAGCUCUGGUGGAUUAUCUGUCGUUCAUUCAAAAACUUCCAGGGUUUUUCAUGGGUCACUGGAAUUCAGGCAAUUGUUGCAGUCACAGUGGCCAUAUUUGUGGGCACCACUUUCCAUUUCCUACAACAUGAUUGUAUCGACGUUCAGAGAAGAGUCGUCUUGCUCCUCAUGCUCACAGCCUUGCAGUGUACCACAAGCUUGUCUACUGGGGAGCUCUUUGUGACUGACAGAGAUCUCUUUCUACAUGAACAUACCAGUGGAUACUACAGAGUGUCAUCAUAUUUCCUUGGGAAAUUGCUGGCUGAGCUGGUACCCAGGAGGUUAUUGCAAAGUAUUACCUUUACUGUUAUAAUAUUCACCAUAGCAGGAGUAAAAACAGAUGUGAAUGGUUUCUUCACUAUGAUAUUUACUGCCAUGAUAUUGGCUUAUUCUGCCAGUUCUCUGGCCCUGUUGUUAGGGACAGGGGAGAAUGCAGCAGCUGUACCAACACAAAUCAUAAUGAUCUAUUUUACGUUCAUGCUGUUUAUCUCAGGUCUAUCACUGUAUUCCGUAACCUUCAUACAGGACCUGUCAUGGAUUCAGUAUUUCAGCAUUCCUUAUUAUGGAUUCACAGCUUUGCAGCACAAUGAAUUCUUAGAACAAAACUUCUGUCCAGAACACAAAACAGCAGAACUUAGUAGAUGCCCCGACUAUGUAAUAUGUACUGGUGAAGAAUUCUUGACAAUCAGGAGCAUUGAUCUCUCACCCUGGGGUUUCUGGAAGAAUCUCGUGGCCUUAGUUUGCAUAACGAUCAUUCUCUUAUCAAUGACCUGUAUAAAACUAUUAGUUCUUAAGAAAAAGAGACUCUUUAAAAUUGCUCUUCCAGUUUCUUUGAAUUAUUCUUAAAACAAUAAUAAAACAUCCUUUGUGUUUUGUUUUUUCUUUUCUUGUAAAUCCAGUUAAAAAACCAGCAAUUGGGGUCUUAGGUUAUAUGAUGGAAAUUUUCUAUAGUUGUUUAGGGAGAUGUGAUUCCAAAUUAUUAUAAAGGUUCACACUCACACACAUGGACAAAUGCUACAGCCAGCAUUACCCAGAAGAGAUUCCCAUGUAAUGAACUGUGAUGAAUGCAGAGACUCAUGACUGCUCAAGAAACCGGAGUUCAGUGACACUUGAGUGCUUCACCCUAAACAGGACACAAAUGCUACCCUCUCUAAAGCUUAGAGCUGUGUGGAAGAGGGGUGUAAGGAUACAUGAGCCAGAAGAUGAGAAGAAAGUAUAGAAAUGCUAUAUUGUGGGCAUGACACAAAUAGUCAUUGCAACCAUGGUCUGUGUCACAACAUCUAUGGCUACCUACACAAGAUGGAGUCUCUCAUCAGCACAGUAAGAGUCAGAGAGGGACUCAACAGGACCACACUCCCUUCUGCUGAACUAUUGCUAUUCGUAGACUAUGGAAGACAGACUGUCUCUGGUUUCACACUUACACUCACAGGAGAGCAGCUAGACUCCAGUGGAUAGUUUAAAGCCCAGGGUCCCACAGACAGAUCUGUUUAAACCCGGUGGAUCAUGAGAUAAUACCCAGAUAUGAAUGUGAGAAAGGGACUCAUACAGAGAUGUAUUUGAAGGGGUUGGAAGGGAAAUAAGAAAGUUGGGAUGGAGUGAGAAUGGUUGAAAUACAUUUUAUACAUAUAUGGAAUUGUCAAAUUUUUAAAACAAAAAUUAUAAAUAUUAAAAAAGGAAAUUUUGCAUACCAUAUGUAAUGAAGACUUUUUCCUGUUUGGUUUCUGUUAUGCUGUAAAUCAGCAAUGGUUAAUUAUCUUUUAAGGUUCACAAGACAAUAACAAAUUACAUUAUAAAAUAAAAGGGUCUAAGCUCCAAGCUCCGUGAAUGAUUGUUGCAUGACAAACUGGACUAUAUCAAUAUCUAUGUCUCCCACUAAAUGUAUAUUUUUGUCUAUUGCUGUAUUGUCAGUUUAAUCUACCCUAACAUAUUGAAUACAAUUUCAAUAACAUA